AUGGUGUGUAUCCCUCUUUCAGAUAGAGCAGUAUGUCUUGCACUUCUGUCUCUCCAGAGUGUGACCACAUUUGUUAUCUGUUGCAUGCGUCAAGAGCUGGAAGAAAGCUUACGGAUGCCUUUCCAGAGCAGAGUAAGGUCUAGCACUGGAAAGUACCUCCCGCACCCAGAAGGCAUGACUAUCCGCAGUCCAGACCUGAACCCAAUCGCUCCAACCCGACCUAGUCACAUUCGGGAGACACAUGAAUUCCGUACGGAGUCUGUUAUAGAAGACCAAGUAAGGUUUUCCGCUCUUCCAGCUGCUGAGAGGGCUUGUACAAUAGGAAGGAUGUCUGUUAGUGGAUUACGUAUUGCAUGGUCUGGCAAUAUACCAGCAUGGAUGCCGUCAGUCUUGGGUAACGAGCAAUCCGGCUAUGUUUGGUAUACCCGUAGAAGGAUAAGUUCGAAGGAGAUAGAUCGUGCCUAG